ACUGAGACGCCGCGUGGCCAUGACAAAAAAUCAUUUUGUCCAGAACAUUCUAGUCGUAAACCUCAACAUGGGCAACUCUUUGAGAGAACUCGGGGUCCUCUUUGCUGUACUGUUGUCCGCGAUGAUUCCUCUUGUGAUUCCGACUGGAGUGACGGAUGGCCCCGGUCAGGGAAGAAAGGACUUGACCGAAAGGGCCGGCUUGGGCGGGUGCAGAAGUAUAGAGACAUCUAUCGGCGCCCUCGGCAACUCCAUCCAAGCCGUGUCCAACGCCGUGGAGACCACGUCCGCCAUCACUAGGGGUCAGCAAGACAAACUCGCUGCCCUGGAGGCGAGGAUCGCGUCUGUGGAGGGAGACCUGAGGGCGAAGACGGAACAGUACGGAACGUUGGAGAGACUCGUGGCCGGCAACUUGUCUUCCCUUGGCGAGAGUUUGAAUGCCGCCAGAAUAAAAGUGGGGUUCACGGUCAGAUACUCCAAUGAUCCGGUGACCGGCAUCCCAGCCAAUGGCAUCUACAAGUUUAACGAGAUUGUGACCGACGUUGGUGGCGGCUACAGCACCCUGACCGGCAUCUUCACAUCCCCUGUCACAGGCAUGUACGCGUUUCACCUCAACGUCAUGUCCACCAACGACAAUUCGGCCAUCCACCUGGCCAUCAUGAAGGAAGGGACGCCAGUGGGCAACGUGUGGGCCGAAGGAACAAGUGACGUCAACGACCAGGGUUCCACGACUGUGGUGGUGUCCAUGCAGCAAGGGCAGCAAGCGUGGGUGGCGCACCGAGCGGGAGCAACUCCCAUCAGAGGUGGCCCCUGGGGGGUUUUCAGUGGCUUUCUUGUGCAAGGGUAAGGCUACUUCACACGAAAACCAAAAAGGAAAAAAAAACGAUUUGUUGCAAGCCCGCUGCCAUCGAGUUUGUAAAAUCAACAUUAUCUCAUAUAAAGUGAAACAAAUUAUAGCUUCUGACGGCAUUUUUCAACAGAAAAAAAUGAAAGAGUAUGAAUAUAACAGAGGAACUGCCUUUUAAAAUAAAUAAAUAAAAAAAGCUCGCCGUGUUCAUACAAAAGUGCCACAGGAGUGUAUUUGUCUUAUAAUGAAAAUAAAUACUGCUGUAACUGUA